UUGGGAUAUUCCUAGUAAACUUCAACUACACACAAUUACAAUAUCAUUGUUACCAAGAAAUGCAAUGGUGCUUUGGAUUAAUCUCAUAUGCUUUUCUUUAUUCUUUUUUUCAAUUCAAGCACAGGCUGCAUUGCAUAGUCGGUCAACGUCAAUUGUAGAUUUACUGUCUUCAAGUCCCAACUUUUUUCGUUUAAUAAGGCACCUACAGCAGGAAAACUUCAUUCCUUACUUAAAUCGAAAUAAAGGAUUAACGCUGUUUGCUCCUGUUAAUGAAGCAUUUCGUAGAGACACGAUUGAUCCAGUGUGGCCCUACCACAUAUUGAAUACGACUGAUUUGAAUCGUACAGUUUUCGCUACUGAAUUCAAAGCGGCCGAUGGCCGACCAAUCGCUUUAAAAGUAACACACAGAGAGGAGUCUAAUAAUCCUUAUGAUCUCGUAAACGAUGUCUACAUCAUCAAACCCAACUGGCGUGCCGAUAGCGGUGUUGUCCAAGUUGUGGAUCAACUGCUUCGCCUUCCACCGACAUCGUUGGAAAUACUAAGUUCUGAAAGCGAGUACAGCAUAUUCUAUCGUUUAUCUUCUGCCUGGGUUAGUGAGUAUGAAUCAACUACUCUCUUUGUUCCGACAACGGAUGUGUUUGUGAAUACUUUUACAAGUACCCAACUAAGCUAUUUUUACUCUUUUUAUGCCACUGAAGAUGUAAAAACUCUUUUCAAUCAACACUCUGUCAUCCAUGAACGAGUGUAUGCUGACGACGUUGUUGAACCCAAGAAUUUUACUCUAAGAAACGGGCCUAUUAUAACCUUGCAAUACGAUAAGCCCAAAAAAAUCUUAUACUUCAAUGACACUCCUUCAUAUAAUUUUGAUAUAGUCACCCGCAAUGGAGCUAUACAUGUCUUACCUGCUCUGCUAAAUCCUGAAGUCAUUACGUUUACGCCCGCUAAAUAUCUGAUAGGCUUAGGAGCAACCUGGUUUAGUGAAAAAAUUUCUAAAGAAAGAGAAUAUAUUGCUGUGGAUACAUCAUCUCACAGAGGAAUUUUUGCUCCUACGAAUUGGGCUUUCCGUGAAAGCUCUGAUAUCGAUUAUCAUAUUAUGGAAAACUUUUAUAUGCCAGAUGUCAACAAAUAUUACUUAUCGAGGACUAAUGCCAAAAGCCAUGAUGAACAUAGUGCUUUAAUAAGAGUUGCUACAGAUACUGCUGGUGCACUUUACGUUAAUUUCGACUCGCAUUCCAUUGACAAGGAGACGAUCGGUAAUGUAAGUUUAUUUGUUCUUGAAAAAGACAUUGAACCCCCUAGGCCUUUGCUCUCCCAACUUAUUUUGCUGGAUGAAAUUUCCAUGAGUAUUCGAUACCUAGCCUCACUCGGCCUUGGAGAAGAUCCCAACAGUACUUGGUUUUUGGUUGAAAAUGAUGCAUGGGCAGAGUUGGGACUUUUACGAAAGGCUUUAGAACAUAAUUUGGAGAUGAUGCAAAAUGUUUUGCUUGAGUACAUUUUCCAAGGAAUCCAUUACUUCGGGUCAACUGAGGAUUCUUGGACUUCUGGAAACUAUACAACCUUGUCCGGUAGAAGUAUAAUGGUUGAAAGCACGAAUGAGAACAACGAUAUAUUAAAGAUAAAUGGACUUUCUUACAAUGUGAAAACGCGUGAUAUGUUGGUUCAAGAAGGUGUCGUUCAUAUCUUGGAUAGAUUAGUUGUUCCCUUUGCUAUACCUCAACGUGAUAUGAUUAUUGCGGGAGGAAGGAAAGAAUUUUUAAGUUUACUCGAAAAGCAGGGACUAUUAGACAUGUUAGAACAAGGAUUUUCUGUUGUAGUCCCUCCCCUAUCGGACUCUGAUAUCAAAUCAAAGGACUUUUCCUUUGCCGAUCGACACAUCAUUGACACUGGAAAACAGUCAUUUAUUAUCCACGAUUCUCUUCUAUCAGUUGAUAAUGGGCCGUGGGUCCAUAUUGAAGAAAGUGGUUUCUCUAGUUGUGGAAAUGUUUUCUUUGUACGAUCUCCAAUUCCUACAAAACGAGACGCUAGCUGGAGGACUUUCGCGAUUUCUCUCCUUGGCUUCUUAACUGCUGCAGUCUUUACCAAUAGUGGCUACAAGAGUUACAAAAUAUAUCAACAAAAACUGUGGGCUGCAGAAAGAGAACCUUUGUUGGUGCCAGCCCGCCGUUCCUCAUCAAUUCAUCGUUCCGGAAGUCCUGCUCACUCAGUUUGAAAAAUUCUUCAACAUUUGUAUAUUAUAUUCACAAUGUUCGACCAACGACGCUAAAUGAUUGGAAAAAUACGAAAAACCCUAAUAUUUUCAUUCUCGUGAAAUAAUUUUAAUGAUAAUAAAGAAUAGAACGUUCCCAUGAAGAUAAUUUUAAUGCUAUCCUGAAUUAAGAUUCAUGCUAUCUGCAAGAUAGACUAAUAUUAUUACAGCAUCAGAGAAUACUCUUAUGGUCUAAUUUACUGUUUAUAACAUAAAGGAUCUAGUCAAUUAACAAGUUCACGCGGCAGUAUAAUUUUAUAUGUAGCCUAAAAACUACCGUUGAGACGAUAAUGACAUUAUGAAGCUACUUCUUUAUAUACUGUUAGUAAAUCAUCAUUAACAUAUGCGCUGAUCUACAGAAAAUACUGGAAUCAAUCCUUCAGGUAUGUCUAAGAAAAAAAACCGC